UCUCCCAUCGGACAUAUUAUCCUGUUUCCUUCCCAGACUAUUCUUCUCUCUGAGACACGCGAGUCUUUUAUCAUAUCGAUUAUUAAAAAUGGCCCAGGACUUGCUCGACAGCCUCCUUGAUCUCGAAGAAGGCUUUUACAAAGAAGGAUACGAACUUGGAGUUGCAGACGGCUCUCUAGCAGGUUAUACCGAAGGCAGUGUUUUUGCUGUCGAGAAGGGAUUUGAGAAAUUCCUCGAAAUCGGAAGACUCUACGGCAAAGCUCUUGUCUGGACACAAAGACUUGCCGGUCCCAAAACAGAGCUGGGUGACCAAAACCAAGAGAAAGCAGCGGAUAUCUCCAAGACAGACGCAGAGAAGGAGUCUGAAGACACAGAUGCAAUCCCCAUCGGCCCCUCUAUCUGUCGGGACAUGUCCAGUCUCCCGGCGAAUUCGAGGCUUGCGAAAAAUAUCCGCAAUCUUCUCGACCAGGUAGAUCCGGCUGAACUCUCGAUGGAAAACACCGAAGAUGCUGUCUCUGAUAUUGAUCAACGACUGAAGACCGCGUCUAUGAAAGCAAAACUCGUCCAACGAGCCCUGGGUGAACGUGAGGAUACCCUGGAUAUUAACCCGCAGGGUCCUGAGGCUCCUCGGCCUGCCGGCGAUGGGACCGGGAGCAUUGAGGAUAUUAGUUCCUUGGUUAUUAGGCACUGAUCUGCAAUUCGUGAUGGCUUUUCAGGAGAUUUCUUCCUGUCUUCUCCGCUUCUUCUUGAUCUUACAUCUUCUGCCAUCCGUUUGCAUAUCGGGGUUACUCCGAGAUCGGGCAGACCAACAUCCUGCCAUCUCCAUCCCACGCGAGUCCUCGUCACGGAAAGCCGAUUGCUUACGAGACAGCUCCGUGCAGCUCGUUUCUUUCGAGAGGUCUGCUGCACGAGAAGCUUGCUGCUUUGGAUUAUUUUCCUCAGAGCGCAGAUUCUCCGGAUUUU